AUGCCUACGCCCAACGCGCCCGCGCCCGCGGCGCCAGCGAACGACGUCCCGCAGGAGAGCCCCGCGCGCAAGUUCUUCGCCGUCGCCCAGGUGCGUCCCGCGCUCCGUGCGGUCUCCGCAGCAGGCGGCCCUGACCGUGUUCUGUGUUUCCAGCAAAUCGUUCUGGCGAUCGUGGUGUCGCAAGUGGUCAGCAAGUUCUUCCUCCCGAAGACUCCGCCGGCCCCGGUGGCGGACCCGGCGUCGUCCCUCGCGUCCGUCCCGCAAGUGCAGGUACCCGGCCAGGCGACUCCUGUUGGUGCGGUGAAUCCCGCUGCAACUGCGGCGGCCCCGGCAUGGCCGCUGGGCAUACCGCUGGCGAUGCACGUACAUCUGUCGACGUCUCCGAAUGGAGAUGUGUUCUCCAAGAAGUGGACGUCCGGGUACAGGAAGGACCAAGAUGCGGACCUUCCGAGCUUGGUCUGGACAAAUAUCACCUUCGGUGACUGGAAUGAGAAGCGGACAGCGGACUUCACGGUGAACCUGCCGCCGAGCGUGCAAAACAACGGAACACUGUGGGCGGACGUGUUCCUUGUACGGGAUGGAGCUAGUCCAGACCCGUCCGACUCUAAGUUCGACCCACAAUCUGUCCACCAUGUCCGUACAGCGCUCACAAAGUACUUGCCCAAGACCAAGGUACGGAAACAGAAGAACCUCCUAGGUGGCUCUACUACCGAUGGCGAAGAAUCCGAGGCUGAAGAGGAGCCUCAAGCUGACACUAUCGUAUCUCACUGGCACAAUAACCUCACGCUUGCCCUCAUCUCUGACCAACCGGCGAUACCCCUGACACAAAUACAGCCAGCAGCAGCACGAUACAUCGAGCUAUCCUCAAAGCGCGAUGCAGCCGGCCGGCCGCUCUACAAGCCCAUCAUCUUCCCGAACGAGUUCUGGCACCUGCGCUCGCAGCACUUCGAGAUCAACUCGACGACGCCGAGCGUGCCGCUGCAGAUCGAGUUCCAGCCGAUGUCGUACUGGAAGUUCACGAUCUUCGCCGCGAUGACCGCGAGCUUCGCGGAGGCCGCGAAGCAGCAGGGCGCGUCGUCCGGCGCGGAGCUCGACGAGGUCAAGCGGAUGCUCGUCGAGACGAACCCGUACUUCCUCGCGAUCACCGCGCUCGUGAGCGUGCUGCAUGUGGUGUUUGAGUUCCUGGCCUUUAGCUCCGACGUGUCGCAUUGGAGGCAGAAGCAGGAGCUUGUCGGAGUGUCUGUCAGGUGCAUCGUCACGAACGUCUUCGUGCAGAUCAUUAUUCUGCUCUACCUUAUCGACAACAACGAACAGACGAGCUGGAUGAUUUUAAUGGGCUCCGGUAUCGGCGUUCUAAUCGAGGCGUGGAAGAUAACCAAGGCGGUCGACAUCAGCAUUGCGCCUUCCUCCCCGGGUGCUUGGUUGCCGUAUAAGAUUGACAUCAAAGACAAACAUGUCCUGAGUGAGGAUGAGAAGAAGACCCAAGAAUACGACAAGCUCGCGUUCCGCAUCGUCGCGUACUUCACCAUCCCAUGCCUUGCUGCAUACACGGUCUACUCCCUGCUCUACGAGACGCAUAGGGGGUGGUAUUCUUUCGUGAUCUCGACCUUGACUUCAUUCGUAUACAUGUUUGGAUUUGCCCAACUCAUCCCGCAACUCAUCAUCAACUACAAGCUGAAGAGCGUAGCACAUAUGCCACUGAAGGCCAUGGUAUUCAAAACACUGUCGACAGUCGUCGACGAUCUCUUCGCGUUCUGCAUCAAGAUGCCGAUUCUCCACCGGCUAGCGUGUUUCCGCGACGAUGUUGUGUUCCUUAUCUUCCUUUACCAGCGAUGGAUCUACCGCAUUGACCCCAACCGGGUGAACGAGUACGGUCAGGUGAUGACGGCCGAGGAGACUGCCGCGGCGGACAAGCUGAAGGCGGAGGAGUCGAAGAAGGACCGGUGA